AUGCAGCAGAUCUUCCAGGUCUAUCCGGACCGCAACACCUUUGAAACGAAUGACCUGUGGAUCGAGCACCCGAAGUACAAGGGUCAUUGGUCCAUCAUCGGCUGCACCGACGACUACGUUCCCCUGGCCCACGGCGACGGGCUGCAUGCUUCUCUCCUUGAACCGGAAAUCAUCGCCCAUCCCAACGUCAAGGCCGCCCUGAUCGGUGGGCAUGGGCACCCGGCGCCUGUUCUUCUGGUCGAGUUGAAUCCCGGUGCCGAGAAUGAUCCGGCGUUGGUGGAAAGUCUCCAGUCGUAUAUUGAGAAGGUCAAUGCGCUGUGCCAUCACUCCGCGCAGCUCUCUCCGUCGAGAUUGAUCUUCACCAAGGAAGAGAAGCCGUUUGUUUUGACGAUCAAGACGAGCGUGGCACGGUUGCAGACUCUGGCAUUGUAUGAGACGGAGAUUGCUGCUUUGUUUGAUUAG